AUACGCACAAAACGGUUAAGCUCUAGAGAAGAUGUUGGGAGGCAACAAUGAGAACCCUGUGCCGCAGGUUCUAAUGAACGAUAGCCAGUUUCAGUAUCAAACAAGCACAUCGUUGAAUCAGCUUCACUUGCUCGGGACGAUGAGAGCUGGUUGUACUAUUGAUCCCGUAAACUACUUUGCUAAUGAUAACCUUGCUCCUAUGAUUCGGCAUAAUAGCAAACGCGGAAGGGAAACCGAAAUCAACAAUAAUAUGCAGAGACAGCAGAAGCUGCAGAUCUCUUUGAAUUAUAACUACAACAACAAUAGUGUUGUUCAAGAUGAAGUCCCAAAACAGAACUUAGUGUCAACUGGUCUGAGACUAUCUUAUGACGAUGAUGAGCGCAACUCUUCUGUAACUUCGGCAAAUGGAAGUAUCACAACUCCAGUCUUUCAGUCACUCGGUGACAAUAUCAGAUUGGACCUCGAUAGACAGAAAGACGAGCUUGAUCAAUUUAUCAAAUUCCGGGCAGAUCAAAUGGCGAAAGGUGUGAGAGAUAUAAAACAGAGACAUGUCACGUCCUUUGUCACGGCCUUAGAGAAGGAUGUGAGUAAGAAGCUUCAAGAGAAAGACCAGGAGAUUGAAAGCAUGAACAAGAAGAACCGGGAACUUGUGGAUAAGAUAAAACAAGUGGCAGUGGAAGCUCAGAACUGGCAUUACAAAGCAAAGUACAAUGAAUCUGUGGUUAAUGCCUUAAAGGUAAACUUGCAACAAGUGAUGUCACAUGGAAACGACAACAAUGCAGCAGGAGUAGUAGCUGAUCAUCAUCAAAUGAAAGAAGGGUUUGGGGAUAGUGAGAUUGAUGACGAGGCAGCCUCAUACAACUACUUGAACAUCCCGGGGAUACCAAGUGCUGGGAUGAGAUGUAAGUCGUGUAACGUAAAGGAUGUUUCGGUCUUGCUCGUGCCGUGUAGGCACUUGAGUUUGUGUAAAGACUGUGAUGUGUUUACUGGUGUUUGUCCUGUUUGCCAGUCUUUGAAAACUUCUAGCGUUCAGGUCUUCUUCUCCUGAGUUGUCUUUAUACUGUUGAAAAGUUAAUGAUGGAGAAACAUGAACAUAUUUUGUAUGUGAUGAUGACGAUGAUGAGCUCAAGAUGAAAAACUUGCUCGAGUCUUUCUUUGCUUUGCCAUUAAACCUAUUUAAGCAUGAUUCUUCUAUUUCGUAGUUAUUAAAGCAGCCGUUCUUUG